AUGCCAGUCAAGGAAAAUGCGGUACCGGUGUUUAAACCGAAAAGGAAUGUACCGUUUGUGGCGUUGAAUCAAGUUGAGAAGGAAUUAAAACGAUUGGAAGACCUGGAAGUAAUUGAACAAGUGGAUUACCCGGAGUGGGCGGCUCCUACGGUAUAUCUAAAAAAGAAGAAUAACGAGGUAAGAGUAUGUGCGGACUUCUCAACUGGGCUGAAUGACUGUUUAAAAAAGUAUAAUUAUCCGCUGCCAAAUCCAGAGGAAGUAUUUGCCAAGUGCAAUGGUGGGGAAAAUUUUUCCAAGCUGGAUUUGUCUGAGGCCUACCUUCAAUUACAGGUAGACGAAGAAUGUGCUAAAGUAUUAACAAUUAAUACUCAUAAAGGUCUGUACCGUUUCAAAAGACUGCCAUUUGGGGUGAAGGUUGCACCAGCAAUAUUUCAGCAAGUAAUGGAUACUAUGCUGGCAGAUUGUGAGUUCGCGGUCCCAUACCUGGAUGACAUAUUGAUUAAAAGUGAAUCAAGGGACCAGCAUAGUGAACAUAUAGAAGAGGUUUUCAAACGAAUAGGUGAUUAUGGAUUUAAAGUAACGGAGGAUAAAUGUGAAUGUUUUUGA